UAUCCUAGUAAAUGUAAAGUAGAUAGAUCCUCAGAUCGUUAUUCAGUAACAAGAGACCAAUACAACUAAUUCACAUUUAACAGAAUAUUUAAUAGGCUAAGAUCAUCUAUCAAAAAUGAACAUCAUGAGACAUAAAUUAAUAAGUUCAAGGUGGAAGUAUAUGGUUAUUAUUUCAAGUUUUUUCUUGACAUUAAAUACUGUGGUAUUUGGAGUGCCAUUAAGUAUGUCAUAUUCAAAUCAAGAAAAUAUAAGAAAUGAACAUUUUGCACACGAAAAAGAAUAUGAUAAAAAAUUAGCAGACUCUAGCUGUAUUGUCAAUGGUUCAAAAUAUGGGGAAGGGGAAUAUACACCAGGAGCAGGUCCAUGUGAGGAAUGUAUUUGCCAUCCACCAAAUGUUGUUUGUUCAAUGAUGAAAUGUCCAAUAAAUACUGGUUGCAUUACAAUUCAAUUACCAAAUAAAUGCUGCCCAAAGUACAAAUGUGAUUGUGAACAUAAAGGUAAACAAUAUAAUAAUGGAGAAAAAAUUAAUAAAUCCGAUGAAUCAGCUUGUAGAGUGUGUUUUUGUAACGGCGGAGAAAUAGUAUGUACGUCUAUUGUAUGUUAUACUAGAAAUGAUUGCCAAGGAUAUUAUUUACCAGGAGAUUGUUGUCCUAAAUAUGAUAAUUGCUCGUCAACUUCAAUAGAACAAAAACAAAAAGAAUCAAUCACUUCUAAGAAAUCAAAUGGUAGAAAAAUUGAUAACUGGUCAGAUACUACAGAACAUAAUUUUAACGAGGAGGGUAUUUGGAAAAGAGAUACAGCAAAAAGUCAAAAUCAAGAAUUGACUACAGUUCCUAUAACAUUUCAAGACCCUGAAACAGUAAUUAGGGACAUAAACACAUCAUUACCUUAUUUUGAAGAAUUGGAUGCUUCAACAGCAAAUUCAAUGCUAGAUAAAAAUAUUACUUUUGAUGAAUCAGAUAUCGAAAUUAAUAAUUUAGUAACUGUGGGUGAUAUUAAUGAAAGUUCUAAGACUUCAUUUUUAGGUUUUGAAAUUGAUAAUUUAACAACAUACGGAGAAACCACUGAUACUAGCUAUAUAACAAACAAUACAACUUCAGAAAUUAUACCUCAAUUUGAAGAAUUAUUUGAUACUACAACAGAUAUCGACAAUUCAGUGAUAAUAACAGAUCAAAAUGGUACUGAAACUAUUAUAGGAUUAACAGAGGAACCAGUUACUGAAGAAAUGAUUAAUUCAGUACCUAGAACAAGUAGUACACAGGUUGAAAUUUUUAAUCCAAAUGAUUUAAUGUUAGACACAGGAAAACCAAUGAUUGAACUUUCUACUAUGACUUCUGAAAUAGAUAUAACAACUGAAAUGGAUUAUGAAGGGUCGAGAGAAGCAACUACACCAAGAGCACCUGAUAAAUCAACAGUUGGCACACCUCAUAAAUUAGUUAUGAACACACUUCAAAAAACUAUUGAGGAUGAAAUGAAUACAGAAAAUACAUUUACAGAUUUAGAAGAUACCACAGAUAUGUUUGGACCCAACUUUGGCUAUAAAACACAAACACAUCAAACCCCAUUUGAUUCAAAUUCAGAUAGUACACACACAAAAAAAAAUACCUAUACAACAACAUUUUUACCAACCAUAUUAACAACUUCAAAAAUUAUAAAAGAAAUAACUACUAAACAUUCCCAAAAUGAAUUAUUCAAUCAAUCAUUUACCAAUUCAAAUAUCAAAAACAUUAAAAAUAAUACUUCAGAAAACAUAGAAUAUGAUCCAGAAAAUAUAACUAUUAAUACAAAUAAAUCGACUGAAAUGUACAAUGACACUAGUAUUCUGGAAUUAGAAACAGAAAAUACUACUUCUUGUGUAAAUAGUAGUUGUACCAAUUCUUCAAAACUAAAUGAUGAACUAUUCGACUUUCAAUCAGAGUCAACAACUCCUUUUAUUAUUGAAACAAAAUUAUUACCAAGUCAAGACUCUCUUCGUUCAGUAAUUAAAAAAAUUACAUAUCCUAAAGAAUAUCCUGAUGAAUUUGAAACAAUUCAAAAUGGACCAUCUUUAACUAUAACAAAAAGAACGUACACAAGUAUUCCAGACAUAGUUUAUACAACAACAACAAUGGUUACAUUACCAACUUUAGAACUAAUUUAUAAAGCUGAUAAAGAAAUCGAAAAAUAUUUAUCUGAAAUUCAAUCGACAACUAUAAAACCAAGUAAUAGUUUACGCCCACUUCAAAACAUAUCACUUUUAAAUCCAACUUAAGACUAAUUUAAUACUUAGAAUGGUUAUAUGAUGGCAUUAAAAAUUGUUUGAAAUCUAUGAAUACUCAUUUUCUUACUAGUGAUUUGAAUCAUUUUAUUUACCAUUUUAAAUAUAAGUAUCUAAGGAUCUAAAACUGUCUUAAUGCUAUAAUAUAAUCAUUCUAAUUGUAAACCUUCUUCAUUAAAAAUGUAUGUUAUGAAUGUUCUUGAAAUAUAUUAUAGUAUGAACUGUAUGAACUACUUAUUAAAAAUAUAUCUAUUAUAGAUGAAUCAUGUA